CAUACACGGCGAAAGACGCUCUCGAUUUUAUAAUUCUUUGUUGGGAAAUAAGGUAAAUACCUCUUUGACAGAAUUUUGAAAUACUCACAACAACUUUUUGAUUCUGUUGAGGCAAAGCGGAAGUUUGUAAUUUAAAACAGUGACCAGUUUGCAUUAAGUCUGGAUAGGAUAUUUUUGCGGAGUCAUAACUUUAUGACUUCAAAAUAUAUAUACAGCAUUUUUACAUUCGCCUACCCGAGCUACCCUCGGCGAGACUACUCGUUCAACAUUUCCUUACAAAACUUGUUUAUAUGAGAAAAAAGAGUUGGCUCGGCCGGAUUUCGAUUUUAGGGUCCUCCUCCUAACAGGGACAAAUUUUCUACAUAUAAACAAUCGUAGCAUUCGCGAGCGCUACUGCCAGCUCUUGGCUAGAGAAUUAAGAGGACAACUGAACUUUUCUAAACGGGGACCGGCCUUACAACACAAAAACAAACAAAGAGGCGCAUGCGAAUGUCAACUGUUAUUAGAAUUCUGACUAUAUUUUUGGUUUCCUAAACGUUUGGUAAACUUUCUGAGUUUUACAUUUUUUAACAUUCAAAUGACUUCGCAAUAAGAUUUACCUCUGGAGUUGACAGCAACGAGAUCGAGUUACUCAAGUUUUAUUCUCGAGCCUUGGUCCAAUUGACACUAAAUCAGCGGAUUUUCCACAGACACAAACGAAAACACAUAUUUCUGCAAGGCUUUAAGCGCUGUUUGACGGCCCGGAUUACUCUAAGACCUUACAGUAUUCCGAACCAACCAUCCAAUUUGUUCCCUGACCUUCUAGUAAGAGUGAGGAAAGUCUAGGCAUACUAGUCAGGAGACGACCAGUUAUAGUAGGGCUAUGUAACACAGGAACAUGUGACCCACGAAGGGUUCCGGUUCAUUUACUAUCUUACCUUUCAUCGAGGGCACAAUGUUUAAAUACUUACUAGGAGUAAUCGGAGCUUAGGAGAGUGCGUUCGAUGCUUGCUAGGCGUACAGGUAGCAGUUGAGGGGAAAGGGUGGAUGGUCCUUGUGAUAGAUAACUAUGAUUAUGGCAUAUUUUCAACGUAAGGGUUGCGUACAGCGAAACCUCGAUUUAAACUGUGUAUCAUAAUGGAAACGUUUUGAAAAGGUGAUCAGCGUGAUAUCCUAUGGUUCGUCUCAAAUGCUUGUUAUUUGAGGAGACACUGGCUAGAGUGCCUCGGGCGUGUAAAAAGAACUUUUUGUUUUACUUGCGUAAUAGAUCUUCUACAGAGCGCAGUUGUUAUAAGGGCGAUCAGCGCUUAACCCGGGUUUCUUUUUUUUCUUUUGUUAAAAAACAUUUCUUUGGAUAAUUUUCUCAGUUAUUUUUAAGAGCGUCCGAUCAUCAACUUGUUGGCAAAAUGAAGCUUUCACAUCUGAGUUCAAAUUUCGCAUUUACCCUCCUCGCCUGGUGCCUGGGUUAUCUUAACCCAGCUUUGAACCCGGCCCAGGUACUGUUAGAAGCAAACAGGAAAUUUUCAUGUCCUACCGGUCAAGCGAAUACUGGCUCCUGAUUAGGCACAAAAAUGCUUUGUAUUAUUGUGCCCAAUCGGCGAACAGCAUCUCCUGAGUUCUUUUUGUGAGUUCGUACAUGAUGGCUAUUAACUUGUCUGGCUCAUGCACCAAAGAAAUGCACGCAGUCAGGAAACUUUCAGUUUGAUAUAAACUCUCCACUUCAAAACCCUGUCUACCCGAAAACUAAAGGCGCUUUUCCGAAAAUACAAACUUGAGCUUACGUUUGUUUUAGAUAACACGAUCUUUAUUUCAAGAAAAUAACUACCUUGGGAGGGCUUGGCCUUGUGCGACACGAUUUUUCUGCAAGUAGCCAAAAAUUAGUUUACUAUCUGAAGUUUUAAUAACGUUUUCAUGUUUACCCAGACAAAUAAUACCAACAGAAAGCUAGAAGUAGCCUUUGCCACACGAAGCAACGGUGUCUUUAGAAGGAAGCUCACUUAGAUGAAGAAAAGCUUAAGAUUUUUUCUAUUAAAAAUAGUCACUUUGGUAGUGUAUCCAAUGUUUCAUUUUUAAUGUUUGACUUUUGACUUUUGCUUUGAUGAGUUUUUCUUUACUGGGUACAGAGGCGUCGGCGUUUUUUUUAGAUGCCACGGUAUUUAUUUGAAGAAAAGAACUGACUUGGGAGGGCUUGGGCUCGUGCGACACGAUUGAUCUGCAAGUAGCCAAAAAUUAAUUCACCAUCUGAACAUUUAAUAACUUUUCCAUAUUUACCCAGACAGAUAAUACCAACUGGAAGCCAGAAAUAGCCUUUGCCACACGAAGCAAAAGCGUCCUCAGAAGAAAUUGAGCUGGUUAGUGUUACUAAUAUAACGAAAGAAUAUUUUAACAGUUUAAAAGACUGCUUUCAGACAUCAUCUUGUGUGGAGAACAUAUAGUUCUCACCCUUUAUCUAUUUCUACUUAUUUGUUCCUAAGACACGCAAAAGAAAAUUCUUUUUUGUCAUAGCAAGUGCCUUGGUUGGCCUCAAACAUGAACUUGCCACGACAAUUGACGGUCCAAUCUAAGAAGUAAAAAAGAAAAAGAUAGCAUACUUUAACUUACAAAAGUAUUUGAUAAGGAUAUGACAGCAUCUUCUAGGAUAAGGAGUUGCGCAAGACCUCUCGGCAUAUAAAAAAUAUCAAAGUACUGAAACUGCUUUAAACAAUGACAUCCUCCAUGCGCAGGAUAGGAUAGCAUUCAUCCCCUUUCUAUUAGACUUUUCAGCAGCAUUUGACACUUUCGUAUGGUAAGAAAGGCCAUCCACGUAUGACUUCACCCUAACUUGUACAUAAACAGGAAAGGUAAGAUUCCAGAAUUCCAACAACCAGGAAUAGACAACAAAACUGUGAAUUUAUGCCACAAUGGACCACUUAGAGCUACAAUUUUAGCUAUGAAGUCCAUCAGCCAUUAGCGAAGAUCGAGAUGCACCAGAUAUUGACAGCCACGUUGAUGCUAAUUAUAAUUAUGGUUAUUGCUAUCGACUCAUAAUAAUAAGUUAUAUAAAUUCAGUUAUGGAACGUGACUACGCGAUUGCAUCACCCAAUGAAAAGUAAAAGUCUUUAUGGUGCUAGUUAAGUUGUGUGCCUUUUUAUAACAGAAUGAAAUAAUUCCUUUAAAAAUUUUGUCUGUGAUCCGAUUUAGCCUAAGACUGACUCUGCACUUGGUUAAAAUCCUUGCCCCCGUGCCUAUCAGCUCUUUAUUUGCUUUUCAUAAUCGAAUGUUCAAAAAGGCAUUAUCCUGGUACUACAGAGAAUAAACAAGGGAUAUUUAUUGAAAUCACUGUUAUGACAUUUAUUAAUUAUUUCAUUCCUUUUGUUGUCACGCUUUAUUUUUAAUACGCGGCAAAAUAAUAAUAGCUGCCAACUGGAUAAAUAUGAACUAGGUGGAUAGAAUCGGAAUGGUAAUGGCUUUACCACAAAAUUUUUUUCAUCCCCCAUUGUGUUUGAUAAUCAGAAUAAACGAACAUAUCUAAAUAUGUGUAGCUCGAUAAUAUUCAAAGAAAGUCUGAUGGGUGAUCGUGAAACAAAAACUGAAGUAAGAAAGGCUGGAAUGAAAUGGGAAGCAAUCGCAAAUGUACUGAAGUGGAAUAUGAUCCGAAAGAGGUGAGCGUAGUCCUGCCGGAAUAGGACUAGUGUUGUUGACAGCGACGGACGUUUCGACAAUCUGUUGGGUAAAUAUCUUAGAGUGAAAAGUGAAUUGUAUCAAUUGUUGAUGGUAUUAAAAUCUGGUUAUUUAGUACCAUCAACUGGAGUGAUACAAUUCACUGUGACUCUAAAGAUCUCUCCGCACAGCUUGUCGAAACGUCAGUCACUGUCUAUAACAGUCGUUUCCAGGACUACUCCUACGAUUAUACUCCACCUAGUGAUGAAAUGACUCCUGAGUUCAUACCUUUCGUAAUCACCUAAAAAACUUAAAAGGUGUAGCAUAAAGAUGAAGCAAUCAAAACAGCGACUUAAGAUUGCUGUCAGUUUUGCUCAAAGUCCACAGCACUUUUCACAUCCUUUCUGAGCACUUAAAGUAGUGAUUAUCCCUGAGUAUUCAUUUCUUCAUCGAGCUUAACAACUUCUACCUUACACAAUGGUCAAUAACAUUUAGUGAACCGUCUAAUUGUGCAAGUUUGCGAAAAUGGUGCGCCACCAAUGUUAUGACACUACCUAACGUUUAUUGUUCCGAAUUUAAUUAUCAAAUAUGACAGUUUACCUUCUUUUUCCUUCGCAAAGAUUCAACCCGUGCAUGUACGCAGAAGACACUUUUAUUGGUCACAAAACAACUGACUUUAUUAUGCGCAAAUAGGAACCUACUUCUAUGGAGAAACACUUAAUGCAUUGUAUGAGGAAAAUGUUAUUCCACUCAUUCACGACUUGUAGUUAUCGUACAAAAAGACCAUCUAUUUGAAAAGCAACUCCUCCUCUCCUCCCCCUUCCCACCCCUUUUGAAUCCACCCGCUUAAACCCAUUUGAACGCUUAGAAACGUUGCUCAUUUGGAUUCAAUAAAAGCUUAUGGCUGAUAAUGUAUCGACUGUAUCUUUAGUGAUACGUUACUGUUCAUUUCCCAAGGUUUUAGAAGCAUCUGUUUGUUUGAGAUGCAAAAGGUAUUAAGUUGAUAAAAGGACAAAUUUCUUGGUAGGGAUUGAGCAUAUUCCAUAUUUCUUCCCACCCCUACCACCAUCCCUAUACUACAUGCCACAUGCCACGGUAUUUAUUUAAAGCAAUUAACUGCCUUGGGAGGGCUUGAGCACAUACGGUAUGAUUUAUUUACAAGUGGCCAAAAAUUAGUUUACCAUCCAAAUUUUUAAUAACUUUUAUAUGUUUACUCUGACAAAUUAUUAAAAAUGGAAAGCCAGAAAAAGCCUUUGCCAGACAAAGCAACGCCUUCAGAGGAAACUGCGCAGGUAAGUAUUACUGAUAUAACGAAACAAUGUUUCACGUAAUUUUUUGAUUUCUUUAGUUAUGAUUUCUUUCAGUCAAUUCACGACAAAUAGCAGCACGACGAAAAUUACUAUUGACUCAAAAUUCGAAAAUAAUCGUUUAAAACACUGCUUUCUGACGUCUUCUUCUAUCACGAGAACAUAUUUUUCAUGUCUUGGCCCUUUUUCUUCCUUUUUUUCGCUGUGGUACACAAAAGAACAUUCAAAACGUUUACCAAAACAUAGUACCUCAGUUCUUCGCACGCUUGCUACAACGACACUUCGUUCGCCUAUGAGUGUCAUUUGGAAACUUGACAACUUUAAAACCUUGAUUCGGCUUCUGAUUCGUUUUUUUUCUCUUCUACUACCAACCUACUGGAAGAUGUUGCAUUAAAUUGCCCGUGCUCUUCACUGCCCUUUAUUCAGCACCAAAUACUGCGCGAUCCUUCUCAAAGUAUGUUCAGGCCAUCAAGACGAUCACACGAAACACUUCAGGUGACCGGGACGAUCACAAUCGACUGGUUAGAACUGUAGUGAAAAUAUUGAUGGGUUAAAUAUAACCUAACAAAUCCCCUUAAUCGACGUGGAUCAAUCAAGAUGAUUAUGAGAAAACUAAACUUAGAAAGAUAUAGGUUCAAAAAUUUGAAAUAUAAAAGAACAUUAUUUUUAUAACAUCCAUAGAUUUAUACAGUAAUCCUUAAGACAACGAUAGUCAGGAAAUUUGUCUUGGAUUUCUCCUUUUCAAACCAAAACUUUCUACAAGAGGAAACUAUGGAACUACAAAAAAUAUGCAUGCAGAGCAGACCGCGUUUAUUUGUAUGUUUUUUAACUAUUCAGGACGGUUUAUAUAUCACCCGUUUCCAAAAAGGUUUUUGCUGAGAAGAAAGAUAGAUAGAUGCUUUUGUUUAAAAUUAACAAGUGAACCCAACUCAAUUUCAACGUGUACAAGCUUGUACAGGGUUCCUACCGAUUUUUGAAUCCAAAUUGAAUUCAGGAAUUUUUUCAGACAUUUUUUCAAAAUAAUAGUUUCUUUUUCCAGACUCAACGAUUAUCAAAUGAGUGAUCAAUAGAGACCUUAGAAAACGCAGGAACAAAACUUUUUUCAUGAUGUGCUGCAAACGUACUGGCUAUAUUGAAUAAAAUUUGACCAAAAUAAAAAAAUUUCAUUUUUAAAGCGCUUGUUAUAGCUUUGAAAAAAAAGUCAAGACUUUUCAUCAUUUUUCCAGACUUUACCUCCAUUUUCUAGACUUUUUCCAGGUCUGGAAAAUUUCAGGGCAAAUUUCAAGACUUUUUCAAGAAUUUAAAACUCUGUACAAACCCUGCGUGUAGCACGCUUGUUAUCAACCUGUCUACCUAGUUUGGAUCCAGCACACAAGACUAGAUUUCACUGGAAGCGCGAAUAAAAUUCACCGGACCGCCUCAUUUCUAUUUGUGCUGUGCUUCUAAAAUUCAUCAAACAGGUAUUGAAGAGCGCUUGUAUUGGGUCAUACCUAACUAACGAGGUAUUUUACGACUAGACUUCCAAUGACUUUAGUGGGCUCUAGUUGUUGAAGAUUGGGACCUACAUGUAGUGGAGUAUAUUGGACAUUUUGGGGGGAAAGGAGAAAAGAGAUAAAUUUCGGAUGUAAGGAAGGUUAAUGAAAUAUGCAUCACAAUUUUCUGAACUUCCUUAUGUAAAUAAAAUAUAAAUAUAUAUUGGGUUUAAAAACGAAACACUAGACAAGCUAUACUGGAGGGUAAAUUAAAAACACUGCAGUAGGAUUUCUACAGUGUUUUCAGGAAUUCGCAGUCCAGAUUUUGAACAAGGGUGAAUAUAUGACAUUUAGUAAGUAAAGUUUCUUUUUCUUUUCUACGCAGGGAAAAUGAUUCCUUUCACGGUGGCACCUUUACUGUUGGUCUGCUUUACAAUAGCGGAAGGUGGAAGUCCAAGUAAGCCCCUUUUUUACCAUGUACUCGAAGGCCAACUCUUUGGCAUUGGAAUCUGGCCCGCGCCAUAAUAAAGAUGUGAAGCUUCAAAAUAGAAAAAUAAAAUAUUGGAAAAUUUGACCAAACAAUGCCAAGUUUUCUUGUUGACCUUGGAAUAUAUCAUGAGCUAUCACGGUCCAUCCUCGGAGACCCAGGGGUGGUCAGUCGCAAAGAGACAAAAAGCAGGGGCAGUAUGUCAAGACCCGACGGAUCGCCCUUGGGUCUCCGAGGAUGAUUCUGGUCUAGAACUGACUUUGAAUCAAAACGCAACUCAUCAGGAAGGAAGGAACGCAGUUUGAUCUAAAGGAAAGGCAGUACUAACAUUGCAAUGUAGUGAUAAGUAAUGUACUAUAUUUUUAGCUUGGUGUCUUUUGGAUUUGUAAAGUUGCGCAAUUCUGUUUACAGUCAACUCUCUCAUACUGACCAUUUCUCGUAAGCGACCACCCUAAAAAUAACCGUUUUGUUUCUCACAAAUAAUGUUUCAAAAACUCUUGUAAGCGACCACUUCUCCUAAUUCUUACUCGACCGCGACUACUUUUAAGGCCAAAAAUUGGACAUAUUCUUUUGUUUUCUGUUUCUAAUUCUGGUAAGCAACCACUCUCCUUCUAGAGUUACUCGAAUGUCACAAAUGCUCAGUUUUUAACAUCGCUGACCCAGAGCAAAAAAUACACUUUAAUAAUAGUACAGAGUGUACUUUCAAGUAAAGAUAAGUUCGCCGAUAAUCGGGGUGUGCAGACGAAAGUGCCUGAUAUUCUUUUUGACUUAAGGCUCAAAACACAAAAGCAAUCGAGCAUUCUAGAUUUCGUCGAGAAGCUUUCGAAUGCGACCGAGUGACUGUGAAAUGUAAAUACUGUUAAGUCUGAACUGGAGUACAAGUAAGUAUGUGCACCCCAUUUAGGCGAUUUAUGAUUAACAAGAGACAAAUUUUAAACUGCAUUGUACUUGUUAUCUGUAUCUAAUUACGUUAAUCAAUUAAGUUUAAAAGUACUUUGUUACGUCCUCCCAUAAGCGACCACUUUUCCGUGCACCAAGGGUGGUCGCUUACGAGAGAGCUUACUGUACAUGUUUAACAGAAAGUUAAGAUUUGCAUGUUUUUGCAGAAUGUCAAACACCCCUCGGUAUGCAAAACGGUGCGAUACAAGAUGCCCAAAUAAAAGCCUCUUCAGAGUGGGAUGGUAAUCAUGCUGCCAUCCAGGGAAGACUCCACUUUAAAGCAAUUCCAGGCAAAGCAGGAUCAUGGUCAGCUCGCUCAAAUGACAUGAACCAAUGGCUGCAAAUUGACUUGGCUAAUCAGCAUACAAAAGUAACACGCAUAGCCACGCAAGGCAGGAAUGCAUACAAUCAGUGGGUUACAAAAUACAAGUUACUAUUCAGUGACAAUGGUGUCAACUUUCAUUACUACAAAGAACAAGGAAAUGUGGCAAUCAAGGUGAGACAAACUUUUACGACGAACAGGGCGCUGACUAUUUUAUGCAAAACUGAUAUUCAACGAAAUUUUCAUUUUAUAUGUCAGCUGGAGAGCAUGCGCUCUGAGGUUAUGCAAAUUACUUUCAACUGUCAAAAUUCUAUUGUUUUUAACGCGUGACUUUCUCCAUGUUCUCUGUCACGUCCAAGGCUCCGAAUUUAGAGAGGUUAACAAGCGAAAAUGGGUUUAGAUAAGGGAUAUUUCGAUAGAAUUUACGCAACGUUUCUUCUCUGGUUAUGCUAGAUCAAGAAUAAAAUUGUGACGACAAUUUUACUUGUAGUUUUGAAGUAAAAACGCAUGCCAUUCAUAAAAUAGAGCGCAAACAAAAAUUCAACGACAACAUAUUGUCUUAUUCAACAAAAUAAAUCGAAGUUGUAUUUUACAAACGAGCUACAAAAGACGCUAGACCAAAGAUAAAGACCAAGACUGUUUUAAAUCAUUAACAAUUAGACGUCUCUGUCGCUAGUGAUUUUAUAAUUUAGAUGCUGAUAGAACAAGAGACAUCAAGUCUUUGUUUUGAUCUUAGGGAAACAUACAUUAUCGCGCAAAAUUGUUCGAUCGUGCCGAAUCACUGCGACGUAGAGAAAAACAGAACCAAGCAUCAUUGGUAUACUACUCCACUAUAAGCAGUCCGUUGAUAAAAAGGGAAAGUAAACUCUGCUAUUUUCCAAAAAUAUGCUCCAACACAAACAGUUCAAAAAUAUGGCAUUUACAGGAUCUAACUCGUACUAAACUGCCUCUCAAAGUCCGUUGAGAACAAUCUGGACGAGCAAACGGUCGUGUUUAUCUUUGCCGUGAAUCCAGAUAAAUACAAGAAGGAAUCUAGCCGAAUUUUAUAAUGUUUCCUUCGCCAGGAGUUUAGUUUCGUCACGAAACUCAUGGCCUGAUGCUCUUGUAAUCGUUUACAAAAAACGGCCGCCGCCAACUCGAUAGCCGCUUCAUUAUAUGUCCACAUACUUUGAGCACAAGAAAAAUCCAAGAGCCAGCAGCCUCUAAAAUAACUCAAUAGAAAGGUUCUGUGAACUAUAGAGAAGAUUCCAUCAAAGAUUCCAUCACUCAUUGUGGAGUAGCCGUCAUUAACUCUGCCAUUACAACGGCCGCUGAUAAGAGGACACAGUAAAUCCACGUAAAAACAUUCCACAGGCAAACAAUUUCAAAAUAACGCCAAAAAAUUAUUCUGUAAUCACCAUAGAACGAUUCUUAAUACAAAACUUCGCUAACUAUCGAACGAUGGCUGAGAUUUAGACAGAUAAAAACAGCCUUCCAAAAUCUCCGACACAACUUGAAAAAGUCGGGCCGACUUUUUCAAGUUUGUUUUCAUUGGCUCGCGCAUGCGUGUGGGGUGACAUAGCCCCUUCAUACUCAACAUCUCUCCCUAAAAGGAAAGUAAAUAGUGGUGGAUAGUACUUAGACAAGAAACCUAUAGGUAUAUAUUUAACCCUGUACAACGACCCUGAGGGGGAAAGUAUUUUAAAAAAUUCUUUCAAACUCAGUUAAAUAAAACAAAAAGGUAUUUGUCUCUCAAUGAAAAAGAUCUCUCUGCUAUUUUUACAAAUAUAACGUUCGCAAAUUCUCCCAAGAGCAUGUUAUAAUUUCAUGAUUUUCUUAAAAUUAAUUGAAAUAAGUAUGUUCUUUCUACCAUUAAAGACUGAAACUCCAAAUUUUAUCCCUUUCUUGAAUUUUUAUUUAGGGAAAGCUGCUUCAUUUUUCGCAAAAACAACUCUCCCUAGCCCAACUGUCCCCAGCAGUGAAAAGCCAGGUAGUUCCAAUAUACUCGAAAAACUAAAACUGCUGUCCACUGACUUACCUAAUAAUAAAAAUACAGAGACCGUGUCUGUCUUGUUGAUUUAGGAGUUCGCAGGGAAUACAAAUCAAGACACUCUGGUUAUCCAUAAACUUACAAAACCGAUCAGGGCGCGUUUCAUUCGUUUCCAACCAACAGCCUGGUAUGGUCACAUUUCAAUGAGAGUUGAAGUAUUCGGAUGUAAAGGUACGGUAACUUAGCACUCCAAAAACCUAAGUAAUGUAAAGGUUAUCAGGUCGUCACUUGUUUCCAUCCGCCAAACUGACUUUUUCCUCUCAGUAGCUCUCAAAAGACAUUUCACUUUUCUUAAAUGAAAUUUAUCUGUCUCUUAAAAUUUCUGUUCAUAAAAGUCUAAGUCUCUUCAAUUUUUAAGGAAAAAAAAUUCAGGAAGGCACUAGUAGGAUUCGAUCUCGGACCAUCGGCUCUGCAGUGCAUCACUUUAACUACUACACCACCGGGGAUUUGCUGACAAUGAAUGGUUUGAUUUGAAUAUGUAUAUAGCAACAAACCUAACCCUAACCCUUACUUUGUGUACGAAUCAUUAAUGUGUCAACGUCAGUUUGGCGGAUGGAAAUAACUGUUGACAAGGUUAUCAGUUACACUCUUCACAAUUCUGUUGUAAAUCCAAAAGGUAUUAAGCAAAAGCUAAAGACGCACACCAGCCGAAUGCCCAACCGGCCAAACCUUACCCCAGUUUCCUUAGCAUAAAGAAUACCUAGGAGUAACGCUUUUAUAUUUAGAAAACGAAAACAACUUAUAAGUUCUCUCUUUACAUUUGUUUUCGGGGACAAGGUGUUUCGUCAACUUCCCUUUAAACCAUUUUAGCCCGGUUUACGUUUCUUUCCAAAUGAAUUCCUUCAGUAAAUAAAAAUCACCUAAAGAUAUUUCUUCUCCAAAAAGACACACAAGAACUCAUUAUUUUCAGCAUAAUUAAAAACCAUUACAACCAAAAAAAGCAACAAAACAAACAAAGACGUUUCUACGUCGUCCACAACAAACUACAAUAAUUUAAUACACUCAACCAUCCCAAACGAAGCUAUAUAUAACAGAAAAAAAAAACAAUAAAACUUUUAAUGUCCAGAAUGUCAGGAUGCUCUGGGCAUGGAAAGCGGUGCCAUCUCAAAUGGCCAAGUUCGUGCUUCUACGGAGUGGGAUGCCAAUCAUGCUGCCAUCCAGGCAAGACUCCACUAUAAAACAGUUCCCGGCAAAGCAGGAUCAUGGUCAGCUAAACACAAUAACCUCGGCCAGUGGCUGCAGAUUGAUUUGGGUAAUAGGCACACCAAAGUAACCGGCCUAGCAACGCAAGGCAGAAAUGCAUACGCCCAGUGGGUAAUCAAGUACAAAGUGCAGUACAGUGACGACGGUGUCAACUUUCAAUACUACACGGAGCAAGGACAGGUCGGAAUCAAGGUAAGAUCGUUUUCUACCUGGACACAAACUCUCCUAACCUAAUUAUCGUUCCUUGACAUAUCCACUACGUAAUGUCCACGGGAAAAGCCAAACACCAAGCGCAAAACCAACGCCAAGUUAACAACGUUACUCCUCUAAUCUCCCAUGCUUUUGCACCCGUCCAAAACGCUGCAGUUGCUUCCUUUCUAAGCCUCACAACCUCUUACCCAUACAUAGUUGAAGGAUCUUUUCCAAACAAAGUACACGUUCUACUUUCAGGAGUUUGUUGGAAACGCAGACCAGGACACUGUGGUCUACCACGAGCUCAGCCAUGCAAUCAGAGCGCGCUACAUCCGUUUUAGACCAACAGCUUGGCACGCUCACAUAUCCAUGAGGUUGGAGGUGUAUGGGUGUAAAGGUAACGCUGUAUUUUCGUCACCAAAGUUAGCCUACCACUUUUUGGCACAACCUCCUCCAAACGCGUCAGAAAUUGGCAUCUGUGGCCACAAAACCGAAAACGCCCGCCGCCCGCCCUUCAGAGCCAACAGUUUCCAAGUACAUCAAAAUUUUUGUACCCACUCUUAAAACAGCCCGUGCACAAAAACUGCGUCGUCAAUGGUCCACUCGCUAGCUCCGUAACAAACUCUCCGAACUAUACCGUCUUUCCGCCUUUUAUAUGUCUUGCUCAAACAAAUGGCGCAGCGAUGAUUGUUGUCCAAUUGCAAUUUCGCGCCACAACACAGCUAGCAGGUCGCUUAAUUUAAUGAUCCUUUUGAACUCGACCAACGGUCUCUUUUAUUUCUCAAUGUCCAGAAUGUCAGGAUGCUCUGGGCAUGGAAAGCGGUGCCAUCUCAAAUGGCCAACUUCGUGCUUCUACGGAGUGGGAUGCCAAUCAUGCUGCCAUCCAGGCAAGACUCCACUUUAAAGCAGUUCCCGGCAAAGCAGGAUCAUGGUCAGCUAAACAAAAUAACCUCGGCCAGUGGCUGCAGAUUGAUUUGGGUAAUAAGCACACCAAGGUAACCGGCCUAGCAACGCAAGGCAGAAAUGGAUACGGCCAGUGGGUAACCAAGUACAAAGUGCAGUACAGUGACGACGGUGUCAACUUUCAAUACUACACGGAGCAAGGACAGGUCGGAAUCAAGGUAAGAUCGUUUUCUACCUGGACACAAACUCUCCUAACCUAAUUAUCGUUCCUUGACAUAUCCAAUACGUAAUGUCCACGAGAAAAGCCAAACACCAAGCGCAAAACCAACGCCAAGUUAACAACGUUACUCCUCUAAUCUCCCAUGCUUUUGCACCCGUCCAAAACGCUGCUGUUGCUUCCUUUCUAAGCCUCACAACCUCUUACCCAUACAUAGUUGAAGGAUCUUUUCCAAACAAAGUACACGUUCUACUUUCAGGAGUUUGUUGGAAACGCAGACCAGGACACUGUGGUCUACCACGAGCUCAGCCAUGCAAUCCGAGCGCGCUACAUCCGUUUUAGACCAACAGCUUGGCACGGUCACAUAUCCAUGAGGGUGGAGGUAUAUGGGUGUAAAGGUAACUCUGCAUUUUCGUCACCAAAGUUAGCCUACCACUUUUUGGCACAACCUCCUCCAUACGCGUCAGAAAUUGGCAUCUGUGGCCACAAAACCGAAAACGCCCGCCGCCCGCCCUUCAGAGCCAACAGUUUCCAAGUACAUGAAAAUUUUUGUACCCACUCUUAAAACAGCCCGUGCACAAAAACUGCGUCGUCAAUGGUCCACUCGCUAGCUCCGUAACAAACUCUCCGAACUAUACCGUCUUUCCGCCUUUCAUAAGUCUUGCUCAAACAAAUGGCGCAGCGAUGAUUGUUGUCCAAUUGCAAUUUUGCGCCACAACACAGCUAGCAGGUCGCUUAAUUUAAUGAUCCUUUUGAACUCGACCAACAAUCUUUUUUAUUUCUCAAUGUCCAGAAUGUCAGGAUGCCCUGGGCAUGGAAAGCGGUGCCAUCUCAAAUGGCCAAGUUCGUGCUUCUACGGAGUGGGAUGCCAAUCAUGCUGCCAUCCAGGCAAGACUCCACUUUAAAGCAGUUGCCGGCAAAGCAGGAUCAUGGUCAGCUAAACACAAUAACCUCGGCCAGUGGCUGCAGAUUGAUUUGGGUAAUAGGCACACCAAAGUAACCGGCCUAGCAACGCAAGGCAGAAAUGCAUACGCCCAGUGGGUAACCAAGUACAAAGUGCAGUACAGUGACGACGGUGUCAACUUUCAAUACUACACGGAGCAAGGACAGGUCGGAAUCAAGGUAAGAUCGUUUUCUACCUGGACACAAACUCUCCUAACCUAAUUAUCGUUCCUUGACAUAUCCAAUACGUAAUGUCCACGAGAAAAGCCAAACACCAAGCGCAAAACCAACGCCAAGUUAACAACGUUACUCCUCUAAUCUCCCAUGCUUUUGCACCCGUCCAAAACGCUGCAGUUGCUUCCUUUCUAAGCCUCACAACCUCUUACCUAUACAUAGCUGAAGGAUCUUUUCCAAACAAAGUCCACGUUCUACUUUCAGGAGUUUGUUGGAAACGCAGACCAGGACACUGUGGUCUACCACGAGCUCAGCCAUGCAAUCAGAGCGCGCUACAUCCGUUUUAGACCAACAGCUUGGCACGCUCACAUAUCCAUGAGGGUGGAGGUGUAUGGGUGUAAAGGUAACGCUGUAUUUUCGUCACCAAAGUUAGCCUACCACUUUUUGGCACAGCCUCCUCCAUACGCGUCAGAAAUUGGCAUCUGUGGCCACAAAACCGAAAACGCCCGCCGCCCGCCCUUCAGAGCCAACAGUUUCCAAGUACAUGAAAAUUUUUGUACCCACUCUUAAAACAGCCCGUGCACAAAAACUGCGUCGUCAAUGGUCCACUCGCUAGCUCCGUAACAAACUCUCCGAACUAUACCGUCUUUCCGCCUUUUAUAAGUCUUGCUCAAACAAAUGGCGCAGCGAUGAUUGUUGUCCAAUUGCAAUUUCGCGCCACAACACAGCUAGCAGGUCGCUUAAUUUAAUGAUCCUUUUGAACUCGACCAACGGUCUCUUUUAUUUCUCAAUGUCCAGAAUGUCAGGAUGCUCUGGGCAUGGAAAGCGGUGCCAUCUCAAAUGGCCAACUUCGUGCUUCCACGGAGUGGGAUGCCAAUCAUGCUGCCAUCCAGGCAAGACUCCACUUUAAAGCAGUUCCCGGCAAAGCAGGAUCAUGGUCAGCUAAACACAAUAACCUCGGCCAGUGGCUGCAGAUUGAUUUGGGUAAUAAGCACACCAAGGUAACCGGCCUAACAACGCAAGGCAGAAAUGGAUACGGCCAGUGGGUAACCAAGUACAAAGUGCAGUACAGUGACGACGGUGUCAACUUUCAAUACUACACGGAGCAAGGACAGGUCGGAAUCAAGGUAAGAUCGUUUUCUACCUGGACACAAACUCUCCUAACCUAAUUAUCGUUCCUUGACAUAUCCAAUACGUAAUGUCCACGAGAAAAGCCAAACACCAAGCGCAAAACCAACGCCAAGUUAACAACGCUACUCCUCUAAUCUCCCAUGCUUUUGCACCCGUCCAAAACGCUGCUGUUGCUUCCUUUCUAAGCCUCACAACCUCUUACCUAUACAUAGUUGAAGGAUCUUUUCCAAAAAGAGUCCACGUUCUACUUUCAGGAGUUUGUUGGAAACGCAGACCAGGACACUGUGGUCUACCACCAUCUCAGCCAUGCAAUCCGAGCGCGCUACAUCCGUUUUAGACCAACAGCUUGGCACGGUCACAUAUCCAUGAGGGUGGAGGUAUAUGGGUGUAAAGGUAACUCUGCAUUUUCGUCACCAAAGUUAGCCUACGACUUUUUGGCACACCUCCUCCAUACGCGUCAAAAUUGGCAUCUGUGGCCACAAAACCGAAAACGCCCGCCGCCCGCCCUUCAGAGCCAACAGUUUCCAAGUACAUGAAAAUUUUUGUACCCACUCUUAAAACAGCCCGUGCACAAAAACUGCGUCGUCAAUGGUCCACUCGCUAGCUCCGUAACAAACUCUCCGAACUAUACCGGCUUUCCGCCUUUUAUAAGUCUUGCUCAAACAAAUGGCGCAGCGAUGAUUGUUGUCCAAUUGCAAUUUCGCGCCACAACACAGCUAGCAGGUCACUUAAUUUAAUGAUCCUUUUGAACUCGACCAACCGUCUGUUUUAUUUCUCAAGGUGCAGAAUGUCGGGAUGCUCUUGGCAUGGAAAGCGGUGCCAUCUCAAAUGGUAAAGUUCGUGCUUCUACGGAGUGGGAUGCCAAUCAUGCUGCCAUCCAGGCAAGACUCCACUUUAAAGCAGGUUCCGGCAAAGCAGGAUCAUGGUCAGCUAGACACAAUAACCUCGGCCAGUGGCUGCAGAUUGAUUUGGGUAAUAAGCACAUCAAGGUAACCGGCCUAGCAACGCAAGGCAGAAAUCGAUACGCCCAGUGGGUAACCAAGUACAAAGUGCAGUACAGUAACGACGGUGUCAACUUUCAAUACUACACGGAGAAGGGAAAGCUCGGAAUCAAGGUAAGAUCGUUUUCUCCCUGGACAGAAACUCUCCUAACCUAAUUAUCGUUCCUUGACCUAUCCACUACGUAAUGUCGACGGCAAAAGCCAAACACCAAGCGCCAAACCAACGCCAAGUUAACAACGUUACUCCUCUAAUCUCCCGUGCUUUUGCACCCGUCCAAAAUGGUGCUGUUGCUUCCUUUCUAAGCCUCACAACCUCUUACCUAUACAUAGUUGAAGGAUCUUUUCCAAAAAGAGUCCACGUUCUACUUUCAGGAGUUUGUUGGAAACGCAGACCAGGACACUGUGGUCUACCACCAUCUCAGCCAUGCAAUCCGAGCGCGCUACAUCCGUUUUAGACCAACAGCUUGGCACGGUCACAUAUCCAUGAGGGUGGAGGUAUAUGGGUGUAAAGGUAACUCUGCAUUUUCGUCACCAAAGUUAGCCUACGACUUUUUGGCAGAACCCCCUCCAUACGCGUCAGAAAUGGGCACCUCUGGCCACAAAACCGAAACCGCCCGCCCCCCGCCGUUCAGAGCCAACAGUUUCCAAGUACAUGAAAAUUUUUGUACCCACUCUUAAAACAGCCCGUGCACAAAAACUGCGUCGUCAAUGGUCCACUCGCUAGCUCCGUAACAAACUCUCCGAACUAUACCGUCUUUCCGCCUUUUAUAAGUCUUGCUCAAACAAAUGGCGCAGCGAUGAUUGUUGUCCAAUUGCAAUUUCGCGCCACAACACAGCUAGCAGGUCGCUUAAUUUAAUGAUCCUUUUGAACUCGACCAACGGUCUCUUUUAUUUCUCAAUGUCCAGAAUGUCAGGAUGCUCUGGGCAUGGAAAGCGGUGCCAUCUCAAAUGGCCAACUUCGUGCUUCUACGGAGUGGGAUGCCAAUCAUGCUGCCAUCCAGGCAAGACUCCACUUUAAAGCAGUUCCCGGCAAGGCAGGAUCAUGGUCAGCUAAACACAAUAACCUCGGCCAGUGGCUGCAGAUUGAUUUGGGUAAUAGGCACACCAAGGUAACGGGCCUAGCAACACAAGGCAGAAAUGGAUACGGCCAGUGGGUAACCAAGUACAAAGUGCAGUACAGUGACGACGGUGUCAACUUUCAAUACUACACGGAGCAAGGACAGGUCGGAAUCAAGGUAAGAUCGUUUUCUACCUGGACACAAACUCUCCUAACCUAAUUAUCGUUCCUUGACAUAUCCAAUACGUAAUGUCCACGAGAAAAGCCAAACACCAAGCGCAAAACCAACGCCAAGUUAACAACGUUACUCCUCUAAUCUCCCAUGCUUUUGCACCCGUCCAAAACGCUGCUGUUGCUUCCUUUCUAAGCCUCACAACCUCUUACCUAUACAUAGCUGAAGGAUCUUUUCCAAACAAAGUCCACGUUCUACUUUCAGGAGUUUGUUGGAAACGCAGACCAGGACACUGUGGUCUACCACGAGCUCAGCCAUGCAAUCAGAGCGCGCUACAUCCGUUUUAGACCAACAGCUUGGCACGCUCACAUAUCCAUGAGGGUGGAGGUGUAUGGGUGUAAAGGUAACGCUGUAUUUUCGUCACCAAAGUUAGCCUACCACUUUUUGGGACAGCCUCCUCCAUAUGCGUCAAAAAUUGGCGCCUGUGGCCACAAAACUCAAUACGCCCGUCGUUGAGAUCCAACAGUUUUUCAGUAUAUGAAAAAUUUGUACCCACUCUUACAACAGCCUGUGCACAGAAACUGCGUGGUGAGUUGUUUACUCGCUAGCUUUGUAGCAAACUUUCCGAACUAUACUGGCUUUCCGUCUUUUAUAAGUCUUGUUCAAAGAAAUGGCUCAGCGAUGAUUGUUGUCCAGUUGCAAUUUUGCGCCACAACACGGCUAGCAGGUCGCUUAAUUUAAUGAUCCUUUUGAACUCGACCAACCGUCUGUUUUAUUUCUCAAGGUGCAGAAUGUCGGGAUGCUCUUGGCAUGGAAAGCGGUGCCAUCUCAAAUGGCCAACUUCGUGCUUCUACGGAGUGGGAUGCCAAUCAUGCUGCCAUCCAGGCAAGACUCCACUUUAAAGCAGUUCCCGGCAAAGCAGGAUCAUGGUCAGCUAAACACAAUAACCUCGGCCAGUGGCUGCAGAUUGAUUUGGGUAAUAAGCACACCAAGGUAACCGGCCUAGCAACGCAAGGCAGAAAUGGAUACGGCCAGUGGGUAACCAAGUACAAAGUGCAGUACAGUGACGACGGUGUCAACUUUCAAUACUACACGGAGCAAGGACAGGUCGGAAUCAAGGUAAGAUCGUUUUCUACCUGGACACAAACUCUCCUAACCUAAUUAUCGUUCCUUGACAUAUCCAAUACGUAAUGUCCACGAGAAAAGCCAAACACCAAGCGCAAAACCAACGCCAAGUUAACAACGUUACUCCUCUAAUCUCCCAUGCUUUUGCACCCGUCCAAAACGCUGCUGUUGCUUCCUUUCUAAGCCUCACAACCUCUUACCUAUACAUAGUUGAAGGAUCUUUUCCAAACAAAGUCCACCUUCUACUUUCAGGAGUUUGUUGGAAACGCAGACCAGGACACUGUGGUCUACCACGAGCUCAGCCAUGCAAUCAGAGCGCGCUACAUCCGUUUUAGACCAACAGCUUGGCACGCUCACAUAUCCAUGAGGGUGGAGGUGUAUGGGUGUAAAGGUAACGCUGUAUUUUCGUCACCAAAGUUAGCCUACCACUUUUUGGCAGAACCCCCUCCAUACGCGUCAGAAAUGGGCACCUCUGGCCACAAAACCGAAACCGCCCGCCCCCCGCCGUUUAGAUCAAACAGUUUCUAAGUACACCAAAAUUUUUGUACCCACUCUUACAACAGCCCGUGCAAAGAAACUGCGUCGUCAGUGGUCCACUCGCUAGUUCCGUAACAAACUCUCCGAACUAUACCGGCUUUCCGCCUUUUGUAAGUCUUGUUCAAAGAAAUGGCUCAGCGAUGAUUGUUGUCCAGUUGCAAUUUUGCGCCACAACACGGCUAGCAGGUCGCUUAAUUUAAUGAUCCUUUUGAACUCGACCAACCGUCUGUUUUAUUUCUCAAGGUGCAGAAUGUCGGGAUGCUCUUGGCAUGGAAAGCGGUGCCAUCUCAAAUGGUAAAGUUCGUGCUUCUACGGAGUGGGAUGCCAAUCAUGCUGCCAUCCAGGCAAGACUCCACUUUAAAGCAGGUUCCGGCAAAGCAGGAUCAUGGUCAGCUAGACACAAUAACCUCGGCCAGUGGCUGCAGAUUGAUUUGGGUAAUAAGCACAUCAAGGUAACCGGCCUAGCAACGCAAGGCAGAAAUCGAUACGCCCAGUGGGUAACCAAGUACAAAGUGCAGUACAGUAACGACGGUGUCAACUUUCAAUACUACACGGAGAAGGGAAAGCUCGGAAUCAAGGUAAGAUCGUUUUCUCCCUGGACAGAAACUCUCCUAACCUAAUUAUCGUUCCUUGACCUAUCCACUACGUAAUGUCGACGGCAAAAGCCAAACACCAAGCGCCAAACCAACGCCAAGUUAACAACGUUACUCCUCUAAUCUCCCGUGCUUUUGCACCAGUCCAAAAUGCUGCUGUUGCUUCCUUUCUAAGCCUCACAACCUCUUACCUAUACAUAGUUGAAGGAUCUUUUCCAAAAAGAGUCCACGUUCUACUUUCAGGAGUUUGUUGGAAACGCAGACCAGGACACUGUGGUCUACCACCAUCUCAGCCAUGCAAUCCGAGCGCGCUACAUCCGUUUUAGACCAACAGCUUGGCACGGUCACAUAUCCAUGAGGGUGGAGGUAUAUGGGUGUAAAGGUAACUCUGCAUUUUCGUCACCAAAGUUAGCCUACGACUUUUUGGCAGAACCCCCUCCAUACGCGUCAGAAAUGGGCACCUCUGGCCACAAAACCGAAACCGCCCGCCCCCCGCCGUUUAGAUCAAACAGUUUCUAAGUACACCAAAAUUUUUGUACCCACUCUUACAACAGCCCGUGCAAAGAAACUGCGUCGUCAGUGGUCCACUCGCUAGUUCCGUAACAAACUCUCCGAACUAUACCGGCUUUCCGCCUUUUGUAAGUCUUGUUCAAAGAAAUGGCUCAGCGAUGAUUGUUGUCCAGUUGCAAUUUUGCGCCACAACACGGCUAGCAGGUCGCUUAAUUUAAUGAUCCUUUUGAACUCGACCAACCGUCUGUUUUUAUUUCUCAAGGUGCAGAAUGUCGGGAUGCUCUUGGCAUGGAAAGUGGUGCCAUCUCAAAUGGUAAAGUUCGUGCUUCUACGGAGUGGGAUGCCAAUCAUGCUGCCAUCCAGGCAAGACUCCACUUUAAAGCAGGUUCCGGCAAAGCAGGAUCAUGGUCAGCUAGACACAAUAACCUCGGCCAGUGGCUGCAGAUUGAUUUGGGUAAUAAGCACAUCAAGGUAACCGGCCUAGCAACGCAAGGCAGAAAUCGAUACGCCCAGUGGGUAACCAAGUACAAAGUGCAGUACAGUAACGACGGUGUCAACUUUCAAUACUACACGGAGCAAGGACAGGUCGGAAUCAAGGUAAGAUCGUUUUCUACCUGGACACAAACUCUCCUAACCUAAUUAUCGUUCCUUGAAAUAUCCACUACGUAAUGUCCACGGCAAAAGCCAAACACCAAGCGCAAAACCAACGCCAAGUUAACAACAAUACUCCUCUAAUCUCCCAUGCUUUUUCACCAGUCCAAAACGCUGCUGUUGCUUCCUUUCUAAGCCUCACAACCUCUUACCUAUACAUAGUUGAAGGAUCUUUUCCAAAAAGAGUCCACGUUCUACUUUCAGGAGUUUGUUGGAAACGCAGACCAGGACACUGUGGUCUACCACCAUCUCAGCCAUGCAAUCCGAGCGCGCUACAUCCGUUUUAGACCAACAGCUUGGCACGGUCACAUAUCCAUGAGGGUGGAGGUAUAUGGGUGUAAAGGUAACUCUGCAUUUUCGUCACCAAAGUUAGCCUACGACUUUUUGGCAGAACCCCCUCCAUACGCGUCAGAAAUUGGCACUUCUGGCCACAAAACCGAAACCGCCCGCCCCCCGCCGUUUAGAUCAAACAGUUUCUAAGUACCCCAAAAUUUUUGUACCCACUCUUACAACAGCCCGUGCAAAGAAACUGCGUCGUCAGUGGUCCACUCGCUAGUUCCGUAACAAACUCUCCGAACUACACCGUCUUUCCGCCAUUUAUAAGUCUUGCUCAAACAAAUGGCGCAGCGAUGAUUGUUGUCCAGUUGCAAUUUUGCGCCACAACACGGCUAGCAGGUCGCUUAAUUUAAUGAUCCUUUUGAACUCGACCAACCGUCUGUUUUAUUUCUCAAGGUGCAGAAUGUCGGGAUGCUCUUGGCAUGGAAAGUGGUGCCAUCUCAAAUGGUAAAGUUCGUGCUUCUACGGAGUGGGAUGCCAAUCAUGCUGCCAUCCAGGCAAGACUCCACUUUAAAGCAGUUGCCGGCAAAGCAGGAUCAUGGUCAGCUAAACACAAUAACCUCGGCCAGUGGCUGCAGAUUGAUUUGGGUAAUAGGCACACCAAAGUAACCGGCCUAGCAACGCAAGGCAGAAAUGCAUACGCCCAGUGGGUAACCAAGUACAAAGUGCAGUACAGUGACGACGGUGUCAACUUUCAAUACUACACGGAGCAAGGACAGGUCGGAAUCAAGGUAAGAUCGUUUUCUACCUGGACACAAACUCUCCUAACCUAAUUAUCGUUCCUUGAAAUAUCCACUACGUAAUGUCCACGGCAAAAAGCCAAACACCAAGCGCAAAACCAACGCCAAGUUAACAACAAUACUCCUCUAAUCUCCCAUGCUUUUUCACCAGUCCAAAACGCUGCUGUUGCUUCCUUUCUAAGCCUCACAACCUCUUACCUAUACAUAGUACAAGGAUCUUUUCCAAACAAAGUCCACGUUCUACUUUCAGGAGUUUGUUGGAAACGCAGACCAGGACACUGUGGUCUACCACGAGCUCAGCCAUGCAAUCAGAGCGCGCUACAUCCGAUUUAGACCAACGGCUUGGCACCGUCACAUAUCCAUGAGGGUGGAGGUGUAUGGGUGUAAAGGUAACGCUGCAUUUUCGUCACCAAAGUUACCCUACCACUUUUUGGCAGAACCUCCUCCAUACGCGUCAAAAAUUGGCACGUGUUGCCGCAAAACCGAAAACGCCCGCCGCCCGCCGUUCACAUCCAACAGUUUCUAAGUACAUGAAAAGUUUUGUACCCACUCUUAAAACAGCCCGUGCACAGAAACUGCGUCCUCAGUGGUCCACUCGCUAGUUCCGUAACAAUCUCUCCGAACUACACCGUCUUUCCGCCAUUUAUAAGUCUUGCUCAAACAAAUGGCACAGCGAUGAUUGUUGUCCAGUUGCAAUUUUGCGCCACAACACGGCUAGCAGGUCGCUUAAUUUAAUGAUCCUUUUGAACUCGACCAACGGUCUUUUUUAUUUCUCAAUGUCCAGAAUGUCAGGAUGCUCUGGGCAUGGAAAGCGGUGCCAUCUCAAAUGGCCAAGUUCGUGCUUCUACGGAGUGGGAUGCCAAUCAUGCUGCCAUCCAGGCAAGACUCCACUUUAAAGCAGUUGCCGGCAAAGCAGGAUCAUGGUCAGCUAAACACAAUAACCUCGGCCAGUGGCUGCAGAUUGAUUUGGGUAAUAGGCACACCAAAGUAACCGGCCUAGCAACGCAAGGCAGAAAUGCAUACGCCCAGUGGGUAACCAAGUACAAAGUGCAGUACAGUGACGACGGUGUCAACUUUCAAUACUACACGGAGCAAGGACAGGUCGGAAUCAAGGUAAGAUCGUUUUCUACCUGGACACAAACUCUCCUAACCUAAUUAUCGUUCCUUGAAAUAUCCACUACGUAAUGUCCACGGCAAAAAGCCAAACACCAAGCGCAAAACCAACGCCAAGUUAACAACAAUACUCCUCUAAUCUCCCAUGCUUUUUCACCAGUCCAAAACGCUGCUGUUGCUUCCUUUCUAAGCCUCACAACCUCUUACCUAUACAUAGUACAAGGAUCUUUUCCAAACAAAGUCCACGUUCUACUUUCAGGAGUUUGUUGGAAACGCAGACCAGGACACUGUGGUCUACCACGAGCUCAGCCAUGCAAUCAGAGCGCGCUACAUCCGAUUUAGACCAACGGCUUGGCACCGUCACAUAUCCAUGAGGGUGGAGGUGUAUGGGUGUAAAGGUAACGCUGCAUUUUCGUCACCAAAGUUACCCUACCACUUUUUGGCAGAACCUCCUCCAUACGCGUCAAAAAUUGGCACGUGUUGCCGCAAAACCGAAAACGCCCGCCGCCCGCCGUUCACAUCCAACAGUUUCUAAGUACAUGAAAAGUUUUGUACCCACUCUUACAACAGCCCGUGCACAGAAACUGCGUCCUCAGUGGUCCACUCGCUAGUUCCGUAACAAUCUCUCCGAACUACACCGUCUUUCCGCCAUUUAUAAGUCUUGCUCAAAGAAAUGGCACAGCGAUGAUUGUUGUCCAAUUGCAAUUUCGCGCCACAACACAGCUAGCAGGUCGCUUAAUUUAAUGAUCCUUUUGAACUCGACCAACGGUCUUUUUUAUUUCUCAAUGUCCAGAAUGUCAGGAUGCUCUGGGCAUGGAAAGCGGUGCCAUCUCAAAUGGCCAAGUUCGUGCUUCUACGGGUGGGAUGCCAAUCAUGCUGCCAUCCAGGCAAGACUCCACUUUAAAGCAGUUGCCGGCAAAGCAGGAUCAUGGUCAGCUAAACACAAUAACCUCGGCCAGUGGCUGCAGAUUGAUUUGGGUAAUAGGCACACCAAAGUAA